GGUGAGAGCUGCUCGGCGCUGGGUGCUGGCGGGGUUUCGCGGAGGCGCUGAGAGACGCGGCCGGCGCCGGGUUGUGGGCUGGUCGCCUGCAGCCAUGACCCUCUCAGUCAGUCCCUCGGCCUCAGCCCGGGGCGUCUAAUAUCCCAAACAGUCGAGCGCAGCUGCUGGAGAGCCGGCCGCUGCCCCCUCGUCGCCCUUGGCGCCUUAUCACACUUCUUCCCCGGAGCUGGAAGCAGCGCGGGCAGCCGGCUCCCCGGUGCAAACUGGGGGUGUCUGCUGGAGGAGUCCCCGCCGCCGCUGCUGCUGCUGCCCCUUACUCUAGCCAUGGCCUGGCGGGGCGCAGGGCCGAGCAUCCUGGGGGCGCCCGGGGGCGUCGGGCUUAGUCUGUGGUUGCUGCUGCAGUUGCUGCUACUCCUGGGGCCGGCGCGGGGCUUUGGGGACGAGGAGGAACGGCGCUGCGACCCCAUCCGUAUCUCCAUGUGCCAGAACCUCGGCUACAACGUGACCAAGAUGCCCAACCUGGUGGGGCACGAGCUGCAGACAGACGCCGAGCUGCAGCUGACAACUUUCACACCGCUCAUCCAGUACGGCUGCUCCAGCCAGCUGCAGUUCUUCCUUUGUUCAGUUUAUGUGCCAAUGUGCACAGAGAAGAUCAACAUCCCCAUCGGCCCGUGUGGCGGCAUGUGCCUUUCAGUCAAGAGACGCUGUGAACCUGUCCUGAAGGAAUUUGGAUUUGCUUGGCCGGAGAGCCUGAACUGCAGCAAAUUCCCACCACAGAAUGAUCACAACCACAUGUGCAUGGAAGGCCCAGGUGACGAAGAGGUGCCUUUACCUCACAAACCCCCCAUUCAGGCUGGGGAAGAAUGUCACUCUGUGGGAACCAACUCUGAUCAGUAUAUCUGGGUGAAAAGGAGCCUGAAUUGUGUUCUCAAGUGUGGUUAUGACGCUGGCUUAUACAGCCGCUCGGCCAAGGAGUUCACAGAUAUCUGGAUGGCCGUGUGGGCCAGCCUGUGCUUCAUCUCCACGGCCUUCACAGUACUGACCUUCCUGAUCGAUUCUUCUAGGUUUUCCUAUCCUGAGCGCCCCAUAAUAUUCCUUAGUAUGUGCUAUAAUAUUUAUAGCAUUGCUUAUAUUGUCAGACUGACGGUAGGCCGGGAAAGGAUAUCCUGCGAUUUUGAAGAGGCAGCAGAACCUGUUCUCAUCCAAGAAGGACUUAAGAACACAGGAUGUGCAAUAAUUUUCUUGCUGAUGUACUUUUUUGGAAUGGCCAGCUCCAUUUGGUGGGUUAUUCUGACACUCACUUGGUUUUUGGCAGCGGGACUCAAGUGGGGUCAUGAGGCCAUUGAAAUGCACAGCUCUUACUUCCACAUUGCAGCCUGGGCCAUCCCUGCGGUGAAAACCAUUGUCAUCUUGAUUAUGAGACUAGUGGAUGCAGAUGAGUUGACUGGCCUGUGCUAUGUUGGGAACCAAAAUCUUGAUGCCCUCACUGGCUUUGUUGUGGCUCCCCUCUUUACUUAUUUGGUGAUUGGAACUUUGUUCAUUGCUGCAGGCUUGGUGGCCCUGUUCAAAAUCCGGUCAAAUCUUCAAAAGGAUGGGACAAAAACAGACAAGUUGGAGAGGCUGAUGGUCAAGAUUGGGGUCUUCUCAGUACUAUACACUGUUCCUGCCACUUGUGUUAUUGCCUGUUACUUUUAUGAAAUCUCCAACUGGGCAAUCUUUAGGUAUUCUGCAGAUGACUCCAAUAUGGCAGUUGAAAUGUUGAAAAUUUUUAUGUCUUUGUUGGUGGGCAUCACUUCGGGCAUGUGGAUUUGGUCUGCCAAAACUCUUCACACGUGGCAGAAGUGUUCUAAUAGAUUGGUGAAUUCUGGGAAGGUAAAGAGAGAGAAACGAGGGAAUGGUUGGGUGAAGCCCGGAAAAGGCAAUGAGACUGUGGUAUAAGGCUCGGCAGCCUCCACACUUUCCUCAUUUUGAAGGGGGGAAGCUAGCAUUUCGGUGGAAAUGCUGCUGAAACUUUUAUGCAGUGAGUCUCAAUUUGAACAAACCAGCAACACUUAAGUGACCCCCAUCAACCUAAUGCCACCCCCCCACCAGCAUCAUAAAACCAAUGAUUUUGCUGCAGACUUUGGAAUGAUCCAAAAUGGAAAAGCCAGUUAGAGGCUUUCAAAGCUGUGAAAAAUCAAAACGUUGAUCACUUUAGCAGGUCGCAGCUUGGAGCAUAGAGGUCCUGCCUAGAUCCCAGGGCAAUGCUGUUUUUCCCCUGCAGGGUGGGAUUUGAGCUGUUGAGUUGGUAACUUGCAGGGAGAAAGAUUAACUUUUUUAACCCUUUAAAAUUUUAAAUACUAACUGGGUCUUUCAGAUAGCAAAGCAAUCCAUAAACACUGGAAACACUGGGUUCAGAGAAGUGUUACAAGAGUUUUACAGUUUGGCUGAUGUAACAUAAACAUCUUCUGUGGCGCACUGUCUGCUGUUUAGAACUUUGUGGAUUGCACUCCCAAGAGCUGGUGUCAGACUCCUUCAGUGCCUUUGUCAUAAAACAGAAUUGUUUGAACAAACAAAAGUACUGUACUAACACGCUUAGAGUAUCCGGUGGAUUUUUCUUCUUUCUUUCUUUCUUAAAUUUCAACCUUUCUCUUCUAGGCUGCUGCUGUUUUCUUCGUUUUUACAUUAAUGACUCAAAAAGGUAUUUUUAUAGGAAUUUUUGCACGGCAGCAUGCCUAAUGAGGGGAAAAGGAAGGGCGAAUCACUUUCUGACAAUCACUUAAUUCAGAGGAAAAUGAGAUUUACUAAGUUGACUUACCUUACCGACCCCAGAGACCUAUUGCAUUGAACAGUGGGGACUUAAUAUAUUUUACUUGUGUGAUUGCAUCUAUACAGACGCCAGUCUGGAAGAGCUGAAAUGUUAAGUUUCUUGGCAACUUUGCAUUCACACAGAUUAACUGUGUAAUUUGUGUGUGUCAAUUACAAUUAAAAGCACAUUCUUGGACCAUGACAUAAUAUACUCAACUGACUUUAAAACUAUGGUCAACUUGCAUUCUCAGAAUGAUAGUGCCUUUUUUUUUUUGUAAAACAUAAGAAUGUUAUCAGAGUCUGGUCUACUCAUUACAAUGAGUACUUCUUAAAUUUUGUGAAGGGAACUGAGGACAGCAAAUCCAACUACUUUGGUGCAUAAUUGUUUCCUAGUAAUUGGCAAAGGCUCCUUAUAAGAUUUCUUUGGAGGCAGUGUGGCCUGGAGUAUUUAUAUGGUGCUUAAUGAAUCUCCAGAAUGCCAGCCAGAAGCUUGAUCGGUUAGUGGGGAAUGAAGUAUAGACCAUAUGAAAUGAACUGCAAACUCUAACAGCACAGGUCUUAAUUGCUUUUUGCGGAGGUAUCCAAAGCUUUUAAAAUUUAUGUUUUACGUUCCUCACAGGGGGGUACCCCCUAGCAGCCUCUCAAAAGUUGCAGUUCUUUUAAAAAUUGUAACUGGCCUUUCACUUAAUCCGCCUUAGGCCUUCUAAUCAGGAGAUCUCUGGGACAAAUUGUUGACUGUGUCACAGGUUGCUUUCCUUGUAACUUAUACCUGUCUUUGCUUUAGCAACUGCUUUGUAAUGACUCAGAUGACUCCUUUUAUUUAUUAAUUCAUGUUUGUUUUUUUUUUAAAAAAAAAAAAGAGGUAGGAAACCUUUUUUAUUUUUUAUUCUUUUUACUUUCACACUUUUUUUGUGGAGAAACAUCAUUUCUAGGGACUCAAAAUUCCAAAUAGGUGGUCAAAUUCUGGAAAUAAGCAUCUCUUCUUUGUUUUCUUUUUUGGUUGACAUUUUCCUUCCUUCUUUCUUCUUUGUUUUUGUGUGGUUUUUCAGCUGUCUGAAAUCAAGAUGCAUAUAAGGUCUGUUGUGUGUUUUGGAAGGGAAAGUCUUAGGGCUUUUGAGACUGAAGCCAAGUGGGCACAGUGGCCCCUGCUGCUGUGUGCCCAGUCUGAGUACCUUGGCUGGACUCUGGGUCAGGGCUUCAGGAGCAUGAGAAUUGGUCCCUGGAGGGACCAGUUCAACUCCAUCCGAGAGUGAGUUGCUGAUGAAAUGCAAAAUGUGAAUUCCCUGUGCUGUGUGAGGAUCGUUCCCAUAACUGUUCAGGGCCCUGGAGCCUGCACCCAGGGGCAGAGCCUGCCCUUACUCACGCUCCGCUCUGGUGUCUUGGGAGUUGUGCAGAGGCUCUGGCCCAGGAAAGGGAAGGAGAACCAGGCAGGAGCAAAACUGGCCUUGCUGUUAGAGCAUAGGGGUUUGUGAUGCAAUUUUUUUGUAAGUCAUCAACAGUGUGACCAAGACAACACCUGAGGGCCAGACAUGGAGUGGGUGAGUGAUAGUUGUCAUUGAUUAAAUAAUAAUGAAAGAGCACUUGGGGAAACCCAGACACCCAGGUUCUGAGUUCUGGAGAGUUCCCUGACCACUUUUCAGGUUUUGACAUGUCAGUUCUACAGAUCUCUUACCUUCUCAGGGGAAAGUAUAUUUGAUCAGAGUGGCCAGACACUGCAGACUGGAUUAGUAGCCCUAGCAAUGCCAAAUGGUUAUAGGCCUUUCCUUUCACAUUCCAGACAAUGGAGAGUGUUUACAGUUUCAGGAAAGGAACCUUGCGGCUGAGGCCUGAGGAGUCAGUUACUAGUGACCUUCAAACAACUCAAUCAGUUAAGUUGGCAUGUUUUUUAAAAAGUCACUUAUCAGCACAUUUAUUGAGUGGCAACUGUGUAUAAAUCCCUGUGUUAGGUGCCUUAUAGGAUGUCAUGGGAGGUAAUCUCUGUUCUUCUAACUGAUCUAAGGUAGGGAUGUAGCAGGGGCUGUUGAACUUUGCUAUUGGUUUGGUGAAGGAGUAUAGACCUCAGGAAUUCCUGUAUAUUCCCCUGUCUCUAUCCCAGAGAUCCCUUCCUUUCUGAUCCUUCCUAUCUUUAACACAUCUUCAUCCCUUUGCAGGAGUCCUCGUAAAUCAAUUACAGGGAUUUUUGAUGUCAGCUCUGCUUAAUGACAAUCUCUGUAGAAAUCCCCUAUGAAGAGUUAUGAGAAUAGGUUAUAAGAACAUGAGUUCCCUCAUCUGUGGUUUUGGAGGCAGCCAAUUCAGGACUUGGGGUAUUCUGUGUAAGUUAAGUAAGUAUAUUUGAGGACAGUGUCUAGUUAGGGAAAAGGUUAGUGUUUUUCUUUCUCUGAAAUCUAGAAUAAUAAGUGGGUAGGAUUAUAGCUUCUGACAAAAGCCUCUUGGCCUCCAAAGAUUUUAUUAAACAGGAGCCAAUGGCACCUCUGUCCAGCCUCCUCUGGAAAACUCCUUUCUCCUGCUUCACAAGGGCCAAACCUCAGGGCAGAGGAACAUGGGGCAGGGUGGAACCGGCCAGAACCGUCUGGAUGAGCUACUUGGUUGAUUCAUACCCUUUUUCCUUUAUGGAGACCUAUUUCCUGAUCUCAGAGGCUGUUUCUGAGCUGGCAGCUUACUUGGUCCCGACACCAGAGAAGGGGGACCUGUUUUAUUUCCUUGAGAUGCUCUCUGACUUUGCUUUCUUGGGUCACACCCUCACCUUCAAUCCCCAGACUCAGAAUCUGGGAGCCUCGUAUGUCUAGAUUCUGAACUGGGGUCCUACCAGCACCUUCGGUUCUGUGCUCUCUGGCUCCUCUCAGCCUCCCAGUCACUGACUUAAGUGCUUAUUGUAUUGGGAGCCAAAAGCCUCAGUCCUAGAGGGGCAGACUCAAUUGAAAGGGAUUUCACCAGGAUGGUGAAAUUUUCAACUUCUCGUGAGGUGGCCAUAGACCAAAGUUUAUAAAGUACAGACUUUGGAAGGACAUCUUAAAAAGCAGUUCACAUCCUGUAUUUCAUUCUAUGAUGGCAUUGGAGAGAGUUGCUAUUCCAGCCAUGUUGAGUUACUGGACAAGUUCUUUUGUUCUUUUAUUGUAUUUGAGUUUAGAGUCCCGUCUGGGUUUCUGUUAUGUCUGGCAAAGGACCUGGGUUAUCAUUUUUCCUCCAGGGCUAGAUCACAGAUCUUGGAACCUUCUCAGAGAGCAUUUUGCUCCUACCAAGGAUCAGAUAAUUGAAACUUAAAUAAUGGAUUCCAUUUCACUGUAGCCUGGUUAGAGCUUUCUGCUGUCUCCUCUUGCUGUGCCCAUGUGCAGUCACGGCACACUUGACAGUACCAGGACGGAAGUGUGAACUCUAGGCCCCCCGACCUGUGUCUCCCCCUGGUAAGCCCAGUUGUCCUGAUAGUAGUCUGCUUCUGUUUCUGAUAGACCUACUUUUCUCCUCCACAUGAGCAAAUCCUUAGUAUUUGCCUAGGUGAUUUGUAAAGGGCCUGUUUGGGGUCCUAUGUGAGCCAUGUCUUCAAAGCUUUUGUACCUCUUUGCUCUCCUACAGUACUUAGUACGUGAUCACUGUCACCCUAGAAGACCAGAUCUGCCCCCAGGAAGACUGAGUCCACCUUCUCUCCCAAGUUGCAAAAGUUUUCAAAUCCUGUUAAUGGCCUCAGGCCCCAACUUGGCUGUGAGCUUUUUGGAGCGAGAUCAGCUGGCUUCUAGGUUUCUCCCAGUGAGGCAUGUAGGUGGUUCUGAAUUUUUUUCUACCUCACAGGGAUGUUGUGAGGCUUAUGAAGGUCUAAGGAUGAAGGCCCCUUGAAUUCUUAGUAAGAAAAGUGGACUAAGUUUCAGGCAUGAUUUGCAGAAAGGUAAAAUGCGACUCUGCCUGCUCUGUGUCAGCAGUCAGGCUGGUUGCUCUGUGCCUUUCCUUGGAUCCCCCGUCAUCCCCACCCCGGCACAGCUUCAGGAACCUUGAAGCCAAUUUGGGAGAUUUUCAGAUGUGCAACGUAGAGGUACCAGACAAACUCCUGCUACAAUACCCUGAAUGAAUUGCUGAACUUCAAAGAAAAUGGACCCUACAUUUAAGGAUGUACAAAAGUAUGUCUGCAUUGAUGUCUGUACUGUAAAUUUCUAAUUUAUCACUGUACAGAAAAAAAAAACUUGCUAUUUAAUUUUGUAUUAAAAGAAAAUAAAGAUUUGUUUGUUA